AUUCUACUUGUUUCCAUUUAGACCCGUCACGGUCGUGAGGACAUUUGUAUGUGUGGUGUUUCGUCAGUAAUGACUGUGUGCCCGUCAGUGAGAGUUGUUUGUUGUUUAAGUUGUCGUUUUUUAAUGUUAUUUUUAUGAUGCCGUGAUUUUUGUCAAUACCAACGUGGGAUGUGUGCUGAAAAAUGGUGGGUUGUCGAAGAAGGUUUCGUCGUGGAUUGCCGUGGGCUUUAGUAUUUGUGUUUACCUCUGGUUUGCUGUUAUGGUCGAAAAACAGCCGAGCAAAUAUAGAUCCAUCUCUGCAAAACGAUUGGAUAUCACUAAGAUUAAAAAAAGAUCAACAAGAGUACGUAGAUCAUAGAGGACUUCAUGUUGUGGUUGGUCAUUAUUUGGGCGAUGCUAAUAAUAUUGAUUCAACUGUCAAUCUUACUGAUGAGUUACUCAAUCGAAACAUGUUCGAUCCAAAGCCUAGGGAAGGUGAAGAUGGAGUGCCAGUUGUUAUACCGCCUUAUUUGUCUGUUCAAAUGCAGAAACUCUACAGGAUUAAUAGAUUUAACUUGAUGGCUAGUGACCGUAUACCACUCAAUAGAUCGCUUCCGGAUGUUAGAAAAAAAUCUUGUAAAUUGAAAAAUAUUGAUAAAGACAACCUACCGUCUAGUUCUGUAAUAAUUGUUUUUCACAAUGAAGCUUGGUCUACACUGUUAAGGACUAUUCAUAGCGUUAUAAACCGUACUCCAAGACUUCUUCUUAAUGAAAUAAUUUUAGUCGACGAUGCUAGCACUCGAACUUUUUUAGGUGAAGAAUUAGAUAAUUAUGUUGCUAAUUUACCCAUUUCCGUCCAAAUUAUUCGAUCGACAAUUAGAAUUGGAUUAAUCAAAGCACGUUUAAAAGGAGCGCGUAAGGCGAAGGGUGAAAUACUAGUAUUUCUUGACGCUCAUUGCGAAUGCACUAUUGGAUGGUUGGAAAGUCUAGUUAUUCGAGUGGCAGAAGAUAGAAAACGUGUAGUAUGUCCAGUUAUUGAUAUUAUUAGUGAUGAGACAUUUGCUUAUAUUAGAAGUUUUGAAUUACAUUGGGGUGCGUUUAACUGGGACUUACAUUUUCGAUGGUAUACGCGGUCCACUUCUGAUGUAAUGAAAAGACAUAAAGAUAUUACUCAAGCAUUUAAAACACCAGCCAUGGCAGGAGGAUUGUUUGCAAUGGAUAAGUCGUAUUUUUUUGAAAUCGGUGGUUAUGAUGAGAAAAUGGAAAUCUGGGGUGGAGAAAAUCUUGAGUUGUCAUUUAGAGUUUGGCAAUGUGGUGGUAGUAUUGAAAUCGCCCCCUGUUCUCACGUAGGACAUAUAUUUCGUAAAUCAUCUCCUUAUACGUUUCCUGGAGGUGUAUCUCGAAUACUUUACACAAACUUGGCUCGAGUAGCCCUGGUUUGGAUGGACGAAUGGCAAGAUUUUUACUUCAAAUUUAAUCCUGAAGCUGAGAAAUUAAAAGAUGAACAACAAAUAAGAACAAGAUUAGAACUUAGAGAACAACUACAAUGCAAAGGGUUUAAAUGGUAUUUAGAUAAUGUCUGGCCUGAACAUUUUAUGCCUACGGACAAGCGUUUUUUUGGAAAGGUUAAACAUGUUUUGUCAAAUCGUUGUUUAGAAAAACCAACAGGACGAGGCUCUUUAAAUCAACCCAUAGGUCCUGUAUUGAUUAGUUCUUGUGAUGUUCAAGGACGACCUUCUUUGUCACUUAUGUUUGUUAUGGAACCUAAGGAGGGUAUAAAUUCAAAUAUAUGGUCUGGUGCUCUAAUGACCGAUGAGUCUGUGUGUUUAGAUACACCAGAUUUAGAAACAACUGUUGUAGCAUUAAAAGUAAGAAUUGUUGCAUGUACUGGUCAAAAGCGGCAAAAUUGGUUGUAUAACUCUGAGACUAUGAAUUUAAAACACAUCGAGACAGACUUGUGUUUGGACAUGCCAUCUAAAGAAUCAAGUAUUGUCCUUAAAGAUUGUACUGAUCAUGCUAGUCAAAAAUGGAAUUUUGAACCAGUUCAGUGGAAGUGAUAUUUUUCUGUGUUAUAUUUUGUACAUAAUAUUAUAUAACAUUGUUAUGAUAAUGAAUUUAUAAUUGAAAUAUUUAUGUAAUGUACACAUUCUUGUAUAAAUGUAAUAUUUUGUAAAAAUAUAAUUAUUUUAAAAAU